CGCUCCUCACACGGUCUGCAGCCCCCUGAGCUGUCACGCUUCGCCGCCGCCUCCUCCUCCUUCUCCUCCGCCGCCUCCUCCUCCGCCGCCGCCGCCGCCGCUGCCGCCGCAUGGUCCUGCCCGGUGCCGCGGUGCUGCUGCUGCGCUGUAGCCGAGUUCCGGCCGCUGCUGCUCGGCGUCUCCAGAGUCCGAUGUCCCGGCGGUGUCCUCCUGUCUCCUGCUCGCCGAGCCAAACCCUCCAGCUGCUGCCUGCGGGCUCACUCCUCCUCCAGCGCCACAGGUCGCCAAGCCCGCGGGACUCCUCCAAGUGGACUACACACGCGUAAAAGUCCCGCUGAAAUUACUGGCCCCUCGUUUCUUUUUAAUUUUUUUUACUGGUGCUUAACAUUUUUACAAGAAGUGUGUUCCGUUCACCUGGAGGACGGUAAGGAACCAUGAGCGGUCGCGGGGACGAGGCCGGGGAGAGCUCCGGCUCCCAGGAGCCCGCUGGGGCCGCGGAGCCCCAGAAGAGGAGGCCGGGGAGACCGAGGAAGCCCCCGAAAGAGCCAAGUGGAGAGCCUGUCCCCAAGAGACCAAGGGGCCGUCCAAAAGGAAGUAAGAACAAGGGCCCCUCCAAGGCAGCGCAGAAGAAAGCCGAGGGAACCGGGGUGAAAAGACCCAGAGGACGACCCAGGAAAUGGCCACAGCAAGUCGUCCAGAAAAAGCCUGCUCAGAAAGACGAAACAGAAGAAGAAACAGAAGAAGAAGAAGAGGAGGAGGCUGAAGAGAAGGACUAAGCUUCCACACCGUCAAACCUCUACCUCAAAUCAGCUGUCAGGUCUUUCAAAGGAGAAAGACUGCCUUGACCACUUAUUUUUGCCUUUUCCCAACAUUAUUCUACUUCAAUUAGAGAAUUUCCAUUGUUAAUCUUUCAGUUUUCAGCCUUUGCGUGCGUCCACACUGAACAGGCGGAGAUGUUCAGUAUCUGUCUGCGUCUCUAAAAUCCCUUUGAUGCGUUUCUUUCACACAGGUCAUUCAGAGCUCAGCAGCAUCAGAAGCUCGUCUCCAGACAUUCCGCCUGUCCAAACAGUCAGGCAGGCAGAGACACACACAUCAUCAGCAGAUACAACAAACCUACACUCCUCAGUCAGAAUCAUCAAAAAACAAACAGAAACCUCCAUAAUGAGUAAGUUUGGCCCACACCCCGACAGUGGGGGUUUGCGGUCCCUCAGACACAUCAUCAUCUUCAAAUGACAAUGAGCAUUAGCAGACCCCACCACAUCCCCCAUCAUCGUUGACUGGUUCUCCAGACGUCAGCAGAAAAGUAACUGGGGCAGUCUGGUUUUGUCAUACAUGGGAUGAAAGAACAAAUGUCUGCUGUUCCCAUAUUUCAGUGUUGGCUCUAAAACAAAAGGAGCGACCUCGACCUUCCCUCUCAACACCCAAACCAAACUGGUGUUAAGCCACCGAGGACAGGGAGACACAGAGAUAGGUCCUCAGGGCAGUGGCUUAUCCCUCCGGUUGGGUUAAGGCCAUUUUGACAAAAGUUUGCUCAUGUUGUUAGCAUUAACUCAGAUUUAGCUUGACAUCCCCAUAGGAUCCCCAAAUAUCAUCUUUAAAGCUUAAAAAUACACCAUCUUCCUGUAUGUUUCCUGCAGCACCCACUACAAAAUUCAUCAUAGGACGAAAUGCUCUGGUCUAUUGAAAAACCCAACCAUGCCCGCAAUCAAUUACUAUCAGACUGGUUGUAUCAAUCUGUUACUGAAAUUAAACCAGUUUUUAUUACCGGAUUGAUUUAAGAAAAAAGAACAAAUUCUUAAUCCUGUCUAGGUGAAUUCUACUAAUGUAUUUGCUCGAAAACACAAUCAAUGUGUCCACGCUGGAAAGUUUAAGAUCUUAAACGUCAAUUUAGCAGUGAAAAUAGCUAUUAAUAAUAACUAUUGAUAUCAUCAUGAGGAAAGAGUCAGUUUUCAGUUGAGCCUGGUAGACCAGUACAUCAGAGCACUACAAGAGCCCCUGCUUUGUUUUCCCUGUUCUUGGUGGACUUAACACAUCUUUUGUUCGUCUAGAAAAAAACAGAAUGACUCUUCACAUCCUGUCAAUACCUUGAACCAAGCUCAGACUACUGUUUUUUUUUUUUUUCCAGAGUUACAUUAACACACAUAUGUACAUAGCAUCACUCAGUUUGUUGUUUGCGCAACUUAGCUUUAAAAUCUUGAUUCCAUCGUUGAUGUCACACUGCAAAGAAAAGCCCCAGGCUUGGAGAAAAAAUAAAAAACCUCAAGAAAAACCACAAGAACAAACCACACAUUACCUCUCGACACACUUGAUACCUGGAUUCAGCGGCAGUGUGACACUGAACGUCUCAUCUCACACUGUAACCCCAGGGAGCCUCCGGUUUGAGGAAACCCGAUGGCGUGCCAGCGCUCUCUGGUCACUGAUAUGCAAUAUCUUCUCAUGACUUCCAACUACCUCUGACUCAGCACAACCAGCUCAUGAACGCUGUUGCUCAGUACAAACAAAAACCGACGCCGGUGGGCGGCAGGGGGCGUUCCCGAUAUUUGAUAACGUGUUGUGACAUUAUACUGUACAUUGAAGCGAGGUCAUGCCAGUGGUGCUUGUCACGAGGGGAAACGGCAAUUUGUCCUCAACUGUUUUUGUUCGACUCAGUCAGGUAAACACUACAUAAUCCACAAAGAGGCAAACGUCAUAUACAACAGAGUCAUGUGGGUCAACAUUUAAAAGAACACUCUGUUUUUUCUUCGGCCUGACAAGUGUUUUCACACAAAGUGAGCAGAAAGUCAGAAAAUUCUGAUAAUAUGACGUAACAAUAUGACUGACAUGUAACUUUCUGGCGUUAUGGUCAAAAGUGUGACAAUAAUUUACGUUGAAAAAAAUAAUUUUCUUUUAAUUGUUGACAGACUCAAAAGCCGGCUCUCCAACAUUUGAAGUUUCAAUCAUGCUUCAAAUGUGAGUCACACUUGUUAUCAUAGUUUUAGCUUCAGCUUUGGUUGUUUAAUACAAACAUUCUGAAUGAAUAUGAAAUCUAUUGUUGAAUUUAUUAUAAAUGUAAUGUUUACCUAUGAGUUCAAUUAACCUUCAACGGUGACUUCAAGAUGCAGUCUUUAGAGUUUGUCUCAUCCACACUCGUACCUGACGUUUCCUUCUGCCUAUAGAUAAAAAUAUAUUUUUAAAAACUGAAUACACAAACGCAGCUAACCGAAUAUAUAAAUACUGUUUUAUUUUUCUCUCUCACCUCAUUGUUAAUUUGUGUCUAAACAUUUUAAUGAAACAAAACUUUGCAAACUGGGACCUCUGUUCAUCAAAGUGUUAACUUGAAUUUAUUUUGUACCGAUUUACACAGUGGUUUAAUACGGAGUAUGUAUGACAAUACAUGAUAUAGCUUCAGAUGUUUGUUUUUUUUCUUUGGUUUGAAUAGUUGUCUCUCCUGAGAUAUGUGUACUACCUAUAUAUGUACAGUACCUCAAAUAGACCGAUAAAAAUGGACUCAUCAGUUGACAAAUACCUACCUCCAGUCUUGAAAAGGAACGAUUUUGCCGGUUUACUUUCAGUGUGAGUUACCUUGACGUGUGAUAUGAUCUAUAUCAGGAUUACAGAAGCUCCUUACUUAACAAGUGGUGUAUCGGAUCUUUCAAGUUUCCAAUCUCAGUACAUGUGGAUCCUCAACCUUAAAGUGACCUUCAGGUUUAUAACAGAUAUGUUUGGAUUCUGUAUAUUUCAUUCAUGAAUAUGUUUUUCUUGUUUUUAAUUAGUAGAUAUCAAUAUACUUGAUUAGCGGUUUUGUGUACUUCACACAAAUGUGAUUUUCUUGUCUUGUUAUGUGGUUAAACCAGAUGUAUAUGGAAUUGCUUUUCACUUAGUGAUAGAUUAUAUUCUCACCUGUCGUCAUGGCAACCUUUUUGAAACGUUAACAUGGUAUUUUUGAAUGUGGCCAGAGGUAGAACCUCAGAGGAGCUGCGUCCUGUGGGGAACUCUCUCUAAACCAACCACCUGCACUGUGUUGUGGACUGUAAAGAAGCCCUCAGUCAAAUUUCCUUUCACUCUGAUCCCUGUGUGUACUUAAUCAACACAAACAGUCAAUAUAGCAACCUUACUGACACUCUGUAAGUACAGUGUGUGUCUGUGAUAGUGCGACAGUACAGCGUCUGGCCUCAUUCCGCUUCUUUCAUGUUUUGCCUCGAAUAAUUGUCAUGGCCAUGGUCGGAGGCUGAUUGGCUGAGGCCCGGGCCACACCGCUUACCUCACUCAUGCGUGUUGGCUGCGGGACCUCUUGAUUUUCUUAUUACCACCCAUGUAAACAAGCUAGAGCGGCCACACAGCUGGUGUGUAACAGGCAUGGUGUCCCCCCUAUUUUUCAUAGUGAAGAAGUGGACAGUAAGAAGCCGCCUCUUUGAGACCCGAGAUAAAAAUUACAUUUAUAAUAAAAUCAUAAUAAAUGUAUAAUUGAUGGCCAUUAUCCAAGAAGUACAAAGAUAGAGCUGGCUAGUCUAAAUAAGGCUUGAAAAAACUGAACUUGAGUAAAUUAGGAGGGACUAUACAUGCAUCAAUAAUGACAAAACCAAGAAAGAUUUGUGUUGCCUUCAAUAACUAACUUACAGAAUCCAAACACUGUGCCGGUGACGCUGUUUCCAACGACGCAAACAGUCUAAAUUGAGAGAAUCCUGUUGAGGCAGGUUUAUCAGUAGCUUUUAACAAAAGGCUUUGACACAGACAGGCUUCAUCAUAUUAACAUUUCAUCAUUAAAUAGCAUAUGGUAUCAUUAUGUGAUCAGUAGGUAUCUGGGUGAGUACAAAGCAUUUCCAAGCUUUUUAAAGGGAAACAACAGAAAGUGAUAAGAAUUCUUGGAUCCACUCGCGCAGAAAUGUAUCGUGUUCUUUCUUGGUCCAUGUCUCAUACAAGUUUUGUGGAAAUCCAUUGAGAGGACUUUGCAAAAAAUCCUACUGACAAACAUUCUGACCCUUUGAGAGCAAACCCGGGCUCUGGUGCCACCGUUUGUACUCUUGUUCCUCAGAGUCUUACAUCACUAAGUCACGUCAUGGUCAGGAAGCGGCCAGAGAAUUCAGCUGAACUGAAUUUUCAUAUUGAGCAACCUAAUCUGACAUCUUAUGCCAUCGAGGAUUUGUGUGAUAGUGUGUGCAGCUCAAAAAAUUCAACUUAGGGUGUAGUUUCUCUUCUGCACUCACAAUGCAGGGUAUCCAGAUACAGAUCACGUGGUAAUACCAGAUGUAAAUGGCAUCUACGGAGCUCAACCAGCUCCAGGUUUUGAGCUCUUCAUUUCCCCUCAGAGAUGUGGACUUGAUUUCAGUGGAGUAUAAAACACCGGCUCAUGUUCUCUGGCAGGAUGACUGUAGAAGCCUCCGUUGUUGAGCCCUCAGCUCCGGGAGUCUUAAUGAAGUCGAUCUUUUUCGCUUCAUGAUAUCAUGUUCUAGUACAAUCAAAUACACAUUACUACCUCCAGAAAGGCCUGUUUUUACCUCGUUUUCAACCUUAAAUACUGUUUAAAAAAUCCAGGUGUUUGAGAGCGUAUGGAGAACAUCUUAACAUUUUAUAUCUAUAUAUAUAUAUAUACAUAUAUAUAGUUUAUUUUUUGUGGGGGAUGCAUUUUGUAAGACUGCUUUUUUCUCUGCCUCUCAGUCACCGUUAGGUAAGACUGGACAUUUACACUUUGAAAAGGAAUUUUCUUACUUUAUACAAUGUUAUGUAGUUAGCCUGUGAGGUGGGCGGAGAGAUGUCCCAGCUCCCCGUCUGCCACGCUCCUUUUGUAUCGUUUCAAGCGUCUUCUUCAGUGUCUAACUUUUAUCGCUUCCUCUAUCCACCUAAUAUUACUGUCUUGACUUCACUACAGAUUUUACUUGCUUCCUAAGCAAAGUCUUUAUAGAUAUUCACUGUGUUUUAUUCAGCACAAUAAAAUGUAUGGCAUCCAUAA